CCCGACCCCAUCGCUCAGAAAAUCUGUUUCAUCAUUCUGUCUAAACUGGUGGAGCUGUGGGGAGGCAAAGAAGGCAUGGUGGGAUUCCCAGACUUCAUCUACAAACACAUCGUCCCGGCCUGCUUCCUGGCUCCGCUCAAACCAACCUUUGACCUCACAGACGCUCAGACGGUGCUGACGCUGUUGGAGUGUUCCCUAACGCUGAAAAUGAUUCAUCUCAAAAGGGGUCCAGAGUUCAUUCAGUUCCUGCAGCACGAGUACCUGCCGUCGCUUCAGGUGUCACCAGAAAUCACACAGGAACUGUGUCAAGUACUUCAGCAGCCGGACGUCAAAGUCCUGAAAACCUACAUGAAGGCAUUUUUUCAUCAAGCCAGGCUGUAGCGCAGAGACGUUCACACUUAAACCCCCUCAGAGGAACUUUAGCGUAGGAGCUGCUUCUGCACUUCAAAAGUCAACGUGUCACAAAGCCCAGACAUUCUGCAGCGCUCAAGACGGCGGGCAGAGCAGCACGGAGCUGUCCCUGUGGACUCGGACCGAGACACCAAGACACUCGAUUGCUGGCCACGUGGGGUCGACGCCCUACAAUUAUUCGCUUAUAAACGUGGAUACAGGAGAACGGACUGCAGCUUCAGUUUGUCACUGAUUAGAGCGCGCACCUCCACCACGGCCCGAAAGACCCCCCUCACAAGCUUCCAAAUGUCCCGGAUCAUGCCUGGACUGUCCCGGGUUGAAUUCUGACCUUUUCACUCAGUUUGGUGGAAAAACGGUUUGUUAGCUUUGGCGUGAUUGCGGUGAAAACGCGGCCUGUUCGGCACUUCUGAUGCCUGUCACUUAGGACUUUUGUGAAAUCGUAGCUUUAGUAGUCCGACCUUUACUUUAGGAAACACAUUUCAAAAGAUACAAGACGAGAGGUUUUAGUUUAUUUUGCUGCCAGGAAAACAAAAAUCCUGAACUGUGUAGUUAUAUGAAGUAAUUUUUUUCCUCCUAACCUCACUUCUUUUAUCAUGUUGAGGAAAUGGACCGUUGGAAACUUUUACUUUGACUGUAAUUUUCUCUAUAGAUUUAUUGCGACUGUUAAAGUGGUGUAAAACGGC